UAGAGCUCAAAUACACAUCAACUCGUUUAAUGGUUUCGAAGUACCUGUGUGUCUCUUUCUGCAGGUCGGACGCGAACUUCCUUUAAUACUCCAACUGGAUAUUAUAACAUUUCAGAGUAUUUUUGAUGUUGAUUCGUCUCUGGAAACACUAAAAUAAGGAAAAGGAGAAAAAAACACAAACCAAGGAUACCAAGUCCAGUCUUUUUGGUGGAUUAUUAACUUUUGAGACAUGCCAGAGAAGCAAGCCAUACCCCAAUCAACUUGCCUGACUCCCACCAAAAUUUCAGUUAUCAUCCUUGGAAUUCUAGUAUUCCUGUCCGGGAUUGGUGUGGCUGCCUGGGCCAUUGUCACCUUCCUAGUCAAGACAGAAGAUCUUGGAUUAUAUGAUGCCUGUCUCUCCUGUUCAGUGCAGAUCAAUUCAGCUGACCUGCGGCUAUCUGUUUAUGACCGCACAGGCGGCAAGUGGAGGUCAGUCUGUUCUUCCAGCUACAAUGAAGUUGUUGCUCAGAUCAGCUGUGAAGAAAUGGGCUUUAUCAGGUAUCUGUCUUAUUCAGAAAGAACCGUCAGCACAGUUGGUGCCAAUGGGUCAGCUGGAUACUUUUGUGUUGAUGAGAAAGAACUGCAGUUUGGCAAAAAGAUUCAAGAGGUUUUGAUUCCUUGUGACUGUGAAAGCGGCAAAAUCCUAACUGUCAACUGCCAAGACUGCGGGAGACGAAAGUUGCCUGUGGAUCGCAUUGUGGGUGGCCAAGAUGCCAGCCUAGGGAAGUGGCCAUGGCAGGUCAGCCUACGUUAUGAUGGCAGUCAUCUCUGUGGAGGCUCAAUUAUUUCUGACCGCUGGAUCAUCACUGCUGCCCAUUGCUUUCCUGAGAGAAACCGAGUUCUCAGCCGAUGGCAUGUUUUUACCGGUUCCAUCUCCCAAACGUCCCCUGGUAAUUACCUUCCAAUUCAGGCUGUCAUCUACCAUUCUGGAUAUCAGCCAUUUGUGGAUUCAAACAUUGAUGACAACAGCAAUGAUAUUGCUGUAAUUUUCCUGGCCACCCCACUCACCUUUUCAGAGUAUAUUCAACCAGUGUGUCUUCCUGCACUAAGUCAACAACUUCCUGAUGGAAAAAUCUGCACAGUAACAGGAUGGGGUAACACGAAAUAUUAUGGUCAGCCAUCAGAUGUCCUACAGGAAGCCAAUGUGCCCGUAAUUAGUAACAAUGUUUGUAAUGGAGAGAAUUUUUAUUGGAACCAAAUCACCAACACAAUGUUCUGUGCUGGUUAUGCAGAAGGAGGCAUUGAUGCCUGCCAGGGAGACAGUGGUGGUCCCUUUGUAUGUGAAGACAGUAUCUCUAAAACUAGUCGCUGGCGACUUUGUGGUGUGGUGAGCUGGGGAACAGGCUGUGCUCUGCCACAAAAACCAGGGGUCUACACCAAGGUGAGCCAGUUCCAUGAAUGGAUCUACAAUGCAAUGAGGACAUAUUCUCAAAAGGCUGGAGUUUUUAGCUCAGGCUAGCAGUGUAAGCAGCUGUGGACACCUGUUGAAGGAUAUUUUGAACUGAAAAUGUGAAUCUCAUGCAAGUUUAGAUGAAGGACUUUCUAUGACUUUGACUGUAUAUUUCAGGGGAAAUUGGGUGGAUGCCUGUAUCUUCUCUUUUACUGUAUUGUUUUGGUUUCUUGAGCCAGGUAAUACUGUUGCUUGCUUUUGUGAGCAGGAACAAGACCACAUAAUGACAGGGUAUUAGCCCUAACAGCAAUGGUUCAAAUGAUGUAAUUAGCUCACAGACAUUUUCAUUUUGAAAUUGUCUGAUUUAUUUUUAUAUCUAUUAUACUGAAUGUGCAGAAUAUAUCUUCUUCGUCACUGCAGGAGAGCAUUCAAAAAGGAUGUAGCACAAAUGUUUUAAAAUACAACCUAGGUUUAUGGUAGAACAUCCAUCCAUCCUUUUUUAAACCCCCAGUUGUGUGUAUUAUAGUACAUUUUCUCCUGAUAUACUUUGGGGAUGUACAGUACAUAAAGGAGAAAAUGGACACUUAUUAGAAUAUGAGACUUCACUUUCUAAGCUAAUAUCUAAGAUAAGCCUAAUGAAAAAAUUAUUUUUUGUUGACCCAGUCUUUGGAGAUAUUUCCAAAAGUGCUGCUUUCAGGUUCACAACUCAGCCUUUUCCGUUUUACUUCAAGUUGUUCUUAUUAUUUUUAUUUUUCCUGACAUACAAAUUAAUUUAUAAAGAGAAAUUAAUCUGAGGCUGCAAGGGGUUUUCUUCAGGUAGUUCCAUCAGAAAAAAAAUUUAUGUGUAAGGUUCAUUGGCGACUCUGAAUUUUCCCAUUGUGAGCGAGCAUGUAUUUGAAUCGGAACAAACUCAGUGUACAUUAAAAAUCCUAGAUUGAGGAAACACCUACCUUCUGUGUGAUCCUAGUUUGUCUUUUUCUAUGCCAUUUUUCACCUAACCUCAGAAAGGAACAACAAGAAACUAGAACUAAAAAGCAGAACUAAGCUAAUGGCCAGAUUCUAUGUGUUUUUCCAGUAAAGACAAGAACCUAUCCAGAGUAGUCACUUAUAUGUUUAUUACUUUAAAUAUAAGCAGUCAAUAUUUACAUACUCACACAAAUGAUAUAUGGUAAUUGUUUUUCUACUGUUUCAUAUUUUUGUUGGCACAGUUUUAUACAGUUCCCUUUUUCCAGCUUCUUUUAAUAUUUAUGCAUUAUGAUUGAGUGAGGAGAAUUGUUAAGGUGUCAGCCUGGUCAUCCAUGUUUCCUUCUAAGACAAUGAAAACAAACAUAAAAAGAAAUUAGCCAAAAAUCAGGCUUCAGGUCGCUUUGUUGCCUUACAGCUGGUCAAUCACGCAGUGGCUGUCCUGUGCCAUGCUCUGUUCACAGAGUGCCACCCCCUUCCGCCAAUCUCGUGACUUAUAGGCAGGAGGCCAGAAGGGGUGGAGUCACAUGCCCUCACUGGGUGUCUUCUCUGUGCUGUGGAAGAAAUAAGAGAGGCCAUGAUUAGCGACAGCACCCCCUCUCAACCCGGGAUGGUAUCACAUAUCUUAGAGGAGACCUGAGGGUGAUCCUCAGAUGCUCAUGCAUGACCGCGCACAUAUAUACAUUUAUUCCAAUCCUCAGCACUGUCACCAGCCAAUCAUAUAGCAAGCUGUGCUCCAGUGUAAAAGCAACUUAAUUUUUCACAAAACCAAACAUUUCCCAAAACAAAAGUAGUCCAGGCCUCUAAAACAAGAAGCAUAAACUCUCAUUUCCCUGACACAUCUUUUUGUUUUUUAUGGUGAAAGUCUUUUAUUUUCUGUAACUGUGAGGAGGUAACUGUUGCUUUAAUAUUUAAGAAAGCUCUGCCAUUGUCACAAUGUUCACUUGUUCAGUCUUUUCUGGGGUCUUUACUACAAUAUUUUGUGAUUCCUUGUAUCUGCCCUACAUUUCUUCGUUGUCGUUGCCCCCUCAUUAUGUUAGUGUUUAAUACUGGCCAUGUUCUGGUCUUGUACUAAUCGUCACUCAUCAUUUGUUGGUUUUUUGCCUUUUGCCUCUCAUCACAAAUGUCUGUCACCUUUCCAUCCCUUUGAAUGUUGCUGAAAAUCUAUUAAAAUGGUUACCAGUUUAGCAAGAAAAACAGCUUAAGGUUUUCCAUAAUAGUUUCUCUUAGCCGUUAAUGAUUAUGAUUAAAUAUACUGUCACUAUUUAAUGAUGAUUUAUUUUAGUAAUGGCGAUGUACUCUACUAAUCAGGAAGAACAUCUUUAAUGUAGCUUUAAUAUUUCAGGUUAAGUUUAAAAAGUCAUAACCUAAUGUUUCUCGUAAAUCUGAGUAUAUUUAUAACAUGACAUUCUGAUCCAGUUUAGGGUUGCCUGGGCCUCAGGCUUAUUCCAGCUGGUCACACAGCAAAAACCAGCCUUUGUCUUGGUGACAGACCAUUGCAGGGCACACACAAUCACAUUGUGCCAAUUAAGAGUCACCAAUUAAUGUUACAUGUAUGCUUUUGAGGAUGUGAUAUUUUUCUUAAUUAAAAUUGUAGAAUUUUAAAAUGAAUAAGUAAAUACAUCUCAUCAUUAAAUAUUUAAAUAUUACAAAUACGAUUAACUAUUAAUAUGAGGAGAAACUUAUCAACUUCAGGUCAUUGCUAGUUUAUGCAAAUCUCACGUUUGCAUUUUGCUUAUUUAAAUGCCAGCUGAAGACUCAAGUUACAGAAGUAGAUAUUUUUAUGAUCAGGGUAGAAAUAGUCAGCUCAGAAAUGCACUUUUAAUGGACUAUGUGAAAGUGCGGUGGAAAAAAAAGAUCAAAAAGAGCAACAGCCAAAACACUAAGCAACAUUUAUUAUUAGAAAAAAAAAUCCAAAGUAAAUCUCAACGCUGACUAAUAAUCUUUACCUUACAUUUAAUAAUCACACGAUUCUUCACAAAGUUGUGAAUUUUAUCCAGAAUCUUGGAUACUGAUGCAUGUUUGCCACCAUCUUUAAUACACCUGGUAUGAUAAAGUCUGCUGUUCAUGAGCCGAGCAACAGGCCCAUGUUAAAAAGAAAAUAGCCACGGAAAUGCAGAAGCAGCCCAAAAAGGUGUUGUAGUAAACAUAAUAAAUGAUAUGAAAUAAUAAUCUUAAUAACACAAUAAAUAAUAGCCUUCUAAACGUUUACCACCAAAUAUUAUUAACUAUUAAAAGUUUAAUGACAUUAUUAUUAAAUAAAGUACAUGUUCUGGUUCAUGGUUGUAUAUGGGUUCUUAGUGUAUAAUUGCAUAAUUCUUUAUUUUAUAUACCCCGACAAAGCCAGGCAGAGACAUGAGUUUGCCACACAACACAUGUUUAUUCAUGGUGGAAGCGCUUUUCUUGCUCCCCACAGCAUCACAACACAAAUAAACAACACCAAAGCCCAGUCCUUUUCUUCUCUGUUUCUCCAUCUCCAUUCCUCUCCCAGCAAGCUUCAUCCACCUCGUCCGACUCUGGCUCCCCGAGUAGUGGUGGCAGGCUCCAGAAGGACUCCAGGUGUCCAAUGAGCUUCUUCCGGUAACACUUCCGGGUGCGGCGGAAGUGCUGCUAAUAGGACACAGGAAAUGACCAUGGGCCACAGGCCCCAGCAGUAUUGAGCUUCCUUGCUCCAAACCCAUGGCCUUGCUACAAGCCAAAGGUGCUGCCCUGUAGUGUUCCGGGGGAGAUAAUAACCUGAAUAAACUCUCCCCCCCAGUCCUUCCCAUGUGUAAGGGCCCUGGCAGUCCACCACUAUAUAUAUAUAUAUAUAUAUAUAUAUAUAUACAUAAUAAAGUGAAGGGCAUCCCAAAGCAUGUGGCAUAUCAUCUAAGAUGGGUUCAAGUCUGCAUAAUCAUUGUAGACCUCAGUGUAUUCAGCAUUAAUGUUUCCUAGAAUAUAUUACAUAAUGUAUUAAUGGAAUGAAAUGCAUUUUGAUAUGCAUGUAGUAAUAAACUGCAUUGCAUUUUUCAUUCCAAGAAAUGGCUUACAUCAGCACUGCUUUUAUGAGUCCCAUACCAAAUGGCCAGAGCAACCAGAGUGACGCACAGACAUUUAUCCUUUUAUGAAGUUGGACGAUAAGCUGAUUUCUGUCUGUUCAACAGUCACUCUCUGUUAAUGACUGCAGUGCACCAUCAAAUGGCAUGUAUUUUGUAAUACAUUUAGUAAUAAAAUACAUUGCAUUUUUCAUUCUAACCAAUGGCACAUUACAAACAUUAUCACUGCCUUUACGAAUUUACAAAUACCAUACCAAAUGGCAUAUAACAAAGACACUUGUUUGUUUAUUAAGGUGGACAUUAUUACCACGUAUGUUAUGCAGGUUUUCUAGUCUGCCUUAUCAUACACUAAACCAUCUCAUCAGCAGUUUGUUGAAUCAUAGCAAGAGGAGACUAUAUUUGCUAGAUAAUGAUGAAAACAAUUGGAUUGGUUUUACUUGUAACUUACACUAUGGUGGAUUUCUGCAGUCGUGGUUGCCAAGUCUGAAAUCUGAGGUCAUUACUGCAGGAAAGCCAAAAAAUAAACAUUUGCCAUUUUUUUGUCCAUCUACAGUGUUUGUUUAGUACAUUUUAAAAAUGGAAGCAGUAGUUGUUUUAAUAGCUUUUUGUUGAUAUUAAGCUAUAUCUCAUAUAAGAUCUUCAAUCUGUUUCAGUGUAAAUAAUAAAAUAAUAAAUACUUUUUAGGUUUCAGCUUAAGUAAUUACUCCUAGGGUGCUUUUAUUUUCUUAACUUGGUCUUUUUAUUUUACGUUAAAAUUGAGCUCGGCUUAUUAUCCAUGUGUUUGAUACAAAAGUGCCUUUUUCUGGCCUAUGAAUGUGUGUAGCCUUUGACUGAUUAUGACCAAAUAUUAACUGCAAUGAAGUCUACAAUGCAAUGACUUUUCUUAAUUAUUUUUAAUUCUAAAAAGGAAUUUAAUUGUAUUACACAGCAUAUUUUGCACACUGGAUACCUGGUCAGUGGACCCGGAGUUUUUUGUUUGUUUUGUUUUUCUGUAAAUAUUCUUUUUGCUUGAUAUUUCAUGCAGCUGUUUAUUUUAUUGCAUUUUUUUGGUCUAAACCAUAUAACAUUUUGAUUGCAGGUAAUGAUUUUUAAUUGUUAAUACCAUUUUCAUUGCUAUUUUUUGUAUUAUUUUGAAAUUCAUAAAAUCUCCGUUAUUAAUU